UGUGGGUAGUAUCACCGUCUGUGCGCUGCUUGCCGGGAAAUCAAUGUAUCCGCCAUCAUGCCACCGAAGAAAAAAGGGGCGAACGAACCAACGAAAAAAACCGAACAGAAAAAGAAAGAAAAGAUAAUUGAGGAUAAAACUUUUGGCUUGAAAAACAAGAAAGGCAAGAAGCAACAGACCUUCGUAAAACAUGUGACUCAACAGGUGAAAUACGGUGGAAAUCCUAGUGCAAGGAAGCUUGCUCAGGAGCAGGACAGUAAGAAAAAGCUAACAGAACAGAAAAAGAAGGAACAAGAAGAUUUAAAUCAGCUAUUCAAGCCUGUUAUUGGGCAAAAGGUGUCUGCAGGUGCUGAUCCCAAGUCAGUAGUGUGUGCAUUUUACAAACAAGGCCAAUGCUCCAAAGGUGACAAGUGUAAAUUCUCUCAUGAUAUCACCUUGGACAGAAAGGGGGAGAAGAGGAGUCUAUAUGUCGAUGCCAGGGAUGUUGAGGAGGAGGAGCUCAAAAAUGAUACAAUGGACAAGUGGGACCAAAGCAAAUUGGAGGAAGUUAUUGAGAAAAAGCACGGUGAAAAGGAAAAGUCAAUGCCCAAAACAGAAAUUGUUUGUAAAUAUUUUCUGGAAGCUGUUGAGAAAGGACUCUAUGGUUGGUUCUGGAGUUGUCCUAAUGGACCCAAAUGUAUCUAUAGACAUGCACUGCCACCAGGUUUUGUGUUAAAAAAGAAACAGGAAAAGGAGAUCAAAGAAGAGAUAUCAUUUGAAGAAUUUAUAGAAACAGAGAGAGCAAAACUUGGUGGAAACCUGACAAAGUUAACAUUAGAAACAUUUCUGGAAUGGAAGAAAAGAAAGUUAAAAGAAAAGAAGGAAAAAUUUGAAAAGGAACAAGCAAAGAAAAAGGAUGACUUUAAGUCUGGUAGAAUUGUUGGAAAGGUUAGUGGUCGUGAAGUUUUCUUGUUCAAACCUGAGCUGGUGGAGGCUGAUGCCGAUGAUGGUGAGACUACAGAAGAUAUCAGCAUUUAUAGACGAGCAGAAGAUGAGGAGGAUGGGGACGAAAAUGGUGAGGGUACAUCAGCCAGGGAAAUAACGCUAGAAGAAAUGAGCAGUGCUGCAAAGGAAGUCGAUGGCACUGGUACAGUAGAUGUGUCAAGUAGCGCUGCUGAGAGAUUAAAGACUAAUCAAGCCACCAGUGCAACUCUUAACGAAAAUUCUGCACAACAGACACCCGAUACAAGUAACGCCGAUGAAAACGGUCUCGACGAAGCUUGCGGCGGAGUAGAUAUAUCUGACGGAGACGUGGACGCUUCCCUCGUUAAUGGAGUACCUUUUGAAGAAAGUUUGUUCGAGGAGGACGAUAUUGACGACUUAGAACUUGAAGACCUCGAAAUUGUCGAUUGACGACUACAUAAAACUGUUCAAACUUCGAAAUCGCUGGGAACCAUCACUGUGGAUCCGGAAAAUGUAUAGAAUCUCCAUGAAGGCAUUAUCUGGCAGCUUUCAUAUCAUGGUCAACAGUCCCUGGCAGAAAUGAAUUGUUUCAAUGAAACCUAGCAUUUGGGGAACGGAAUCUGUAUCAGAAUUAGCGACAUGGUUUUUGAAACCAGUGCUUUUCCCUUUGGAACAAAUAGGUCUGGGAACUAACAGGGCAUAACUUGUGUCCAGACUUCAAGUUUCAAAGAUAAAGGUUUUGGAAGACCGCUACCUUGAAAACGGGCCAGUAGAAUGGCUGUAGCCAGUUACACUGAAUCAGUUGAUGUAUAUUUCAUCACCCAAACCAGUCUCAAAAAUGCCUUUAUAGAUAUUCUCAAAUUUAAUGAAUCACGUGCUAAAUAAAUAACUAACAUACUUUUACACCAACGGCUCAAGCCUGGAACGCGUUUGAAACGCGUGCAGUUGCGAGGUGAUUAUGACGAAUACUGUUAUUUUUGUAGCCGAGAAGAGAAAAAUGCAGUCGAUGAUGAUAAUUUCAUGAACUGCGUUCCUCCAGUGAAACCGAAAAGAAUAUUAAAGGCCUCUCCCCCUUAUGAAAUUCUUGCAUUAAACUUUCUCCAAGCAGAAUUAAAGUGUUUUUUUUUUCUCUUUUUAAAUAAUCUGGAACAAUCACUUCUUUCAUUUCUCGUUUUUGUUCAUUGUAAUUCAUCAGGAUGUGGUAUAAUCAAGAGAAGUUUUGUUAAAAAUACACUGUUUUCCUUUAAA